AUGAACGAACAUAAUCUGAAGGCGCCUAUUCCGCUCAAGAAUAGGAGAAUUGCGGAACUAAGCACGACCGAGAUGAAACUAACGAGGUCGAGCUCUAGCUCUGACGAUCUAUCGACGAAGAGAGCCAAGCUGUUUAACAACUUGACGAAUGACUGUGCCCCCAGUGGCAUCCCUAGGCCACGCUCAGCCACUCCAGUUCUUUCGGAGAGGACUGGCGGCCUGCAAACCGAAGAUCUAGUGCAGCAGCGUUUGAAAUAUUAUAACCUAGACUACGUGAGCGAUGCGGAAAAGCAUGAACAACAUAUAUAUGACCCCAAUUCCAAGUGGUUCAGCAGAAAGGAGAAGUUAAAGAUGCCUUUCGAAAAGCAGCUGCCGUACACGACCGAGAGCCAUAAGGAGCAGGCGAAGUAUCUGUGUCACAUUCUGGUGAAUCUUUAUAUUGGGAUCAGCACUCUGGAUAUCCAGGGAUUGAUCACAAUCACGAGUAAGGAUCUUGCCGACUUCAGAAAGGACAUCGAUGAGUUGGCUUUGAAUACAGACAUGUUCCGGCUUGCUGCCGAGGAGGACUUGGAGGUGAAUGAUAUCACAAACUUUGACGAGGAUGAUGAGGACGAGGACGAUAGUCAGGAUUAUGAUGGGAAUGACUACGACUUGGGUGGGCCCGAUUUCGGUCCGUCAGGGAAAAUAACGGCCAAGUCUUCUAGUGUUAUUAAUGUCAACCACUGGACAAAUGAAUUAAAGAACUGCCUUCACUUUGACUUUCCUCUUAGCGUUCGGAAGUCUCUUGCAGUGGUAUACUAUCACUUAUCGUUGGUGCAGGGCCAAAAAAUAUACAGACAGAUGCACAUCAACAUGUUUGAAAGUCUUGUCACAGAUGAUGAUAUGGGCACUAACUUUAGGGAACUACUCCUUGAACACGGUUUAAAACUGGAUUACAAGCCAAUGUUGGCUUUCUUGACAGAAUUUUUGCCCUGCCCGGAGUCUGACUAUGUUAGAUAUGACAUCACUUCCAAAGCGGACUUACAGUUGUUCCGACUGUUAUUGAAGUUAGCACAUGAGUCAAAAAUGUUUUAUGACAAAGAGGACAGAGAGCUUCUACAAAAUACGAUGGAUAGGUUUAUUGCAAGCUUCAGUCCGCAUACGUUGUCUUGCGUUUUGCCCAUUAUUACUUCUUUUGUUCCCUAUCAUUAUCAAGAGGACCGUAAUGUUAUUGAUUACUUCCCAUUUAUGUUCAAUAUAUGGUCAUCUACCUCUGCUUCUAUGGUGUUCGAUACUCAUUUGUAUGAUUUCACUGGCUGUGUUGCCGAAGACGCUUAUCUUAGCUUAAUAAAGGAAAAAUCACCUCGACUGGUUAGGCUCUCGGGCAUAUCAUUUGGACCCUAUGGCAUAUUUACGGAAGAGCAGAUGGACUUUAUUUUGAAUAGAAUACAGAACCAUCUUCGCGAUGAUUAUCAGAUCCAUUCUUAUUCUAGAACAGUCAGGCCACUCAUUUAUUCCAUAAACGGCUCAUACGCUGACCAGUUUUUUGGCAAUCUGUCGUUCUUAAUUAAGAGUAUAGAAACUUUCGUGCAUCCAUCCAAUAGUGGCCAGUGGACUAAAGUGAUUGCGAAGUUUGUCCAUGGUCUUAUCAAAAUGUACCACGAGAGGUGGGUAAAGGAAAAGAAGCUGACCGAAACGGGAUUUAGAAAAGAGCUAUGGCUAACUCCUAAGUGUAACGAGCAAAUGGUUGAUCUCUUUUUGGAUGUUUUAGUGUUGGGAUCUCAAAAUAAAGAUACAGACAUGGCAAAUUAUUAUAUUUCAAGUUUCGCUUACUUGUUGGACAUCAACCCCAGCAACAGCCACAAAAUUUACGACAGGGUACUGAUUGACCUUUAUGACUCGUUAACUGAUCAGUACAUUCACUCGGUUCAUCGUGUGAUAACUUCUUUAAAGCAAUUCACCAGAAUUGUCAGAUAUAUGGUAAUUCACCCUCUUUACCGCGUCCAUAUCAGUAAUAUCUUAACGAUGCUGAUAUCAAAAAUUGGUUCUAAUGACAUAAGCCUAACCAGCAAUACCAUUAAUGCUUUGGUUUCGAUCUUCACCUUUAUUCCAUUGGAGAAUUUUGUCAAAGAGGAUGAAUACCUAACCUUUGCUUCUCAAACUGUCGCAUUCAUCCAGGAACACAUCUUCUUCUUAAAGGAUGGAGGAUCUUCUCAAGAUUUUAAGUAUGAUACAGAAACUCUGGAUAAUGCCUUUAGAGCUUCUACCACUGAGUUUGAGAAUAUCUUGAAGAUCUAUGUCGAUAAGUUGGUGGAAUUGGUUGAUUCCGAUUUAGAGGAAGGACUCAUAACCAAAAUAAAUCAGACAACAAUGAUAAUGAUGGAAUCUAUGCCUGAUUCUAUGUUUAAACACUGUUGCCAACUGAUAUCAAAAUCAUUUUGGAACUUGGAUGUCUUCAGUGAGAGCAGCCCAAAUUAUGAACUAUUGACGAUACCCAUGGGAGCUGCUGUUAGAAGAGAUAAUAGUUUGAGCAAGAAAUGGUUCAUGGAUCUCAGUUACAACAUCAGGGAUCAAAUUUCAAGAGGUGCUGGUUCUAUUCGAAGCUCCUCCGAAGUUCAGAGAAGAGAUCUGAAAUUAGUGAGUUACCUAUCAGCUUUAAACGACAUCACUAGGCAAUCUCAUGAAGCAAUGCUUCAAUACAAGGAUGAAUUUGUUGAUUUGUUGAAGUUCAUUCAAAACACCAUUACCAACCCACCAUUAGAUGUCAUAACUUCGAUGGUUCUGCACUGUGCGUUGAGCAGUCUAACUAGUAUUGAGGUCACAGAGUGCAGGCUCUUCCCAGAAGAUUCAAAAAUUUCGAACUCAGACAGGUGGGGAGGCCUGCAAUUUGAUGAUCGAAAAUAUAAUGAUGAAAAUACCAACUUUAAUUGGCACGUUCCAUGUAGCGAGGAGGUUGAUUUCGCCAUAUACUUGCUGGAGUCCUUUAGUGAGGACUACAUGAAGAAAAUCACGGCGAUGAUGGAAAAUCCUAAUAAAGAGUCUGCUUAUGUUGAUGAAUUGAAAAAAUGUCUUCUCAAUAUCACUCACUCAUUAUCAGGUGCCAGUCUUCUUUUCGAUCCUGACUUUAAUAAGGAAAAGAGCGAUCCACAGUUAAUGGACCCGUAUAAGAAAAAGUUUCUGCUCUUAAAGCAACUCCGUGAGCAAAACUGUGACAAUCAAGAGAUCAGGUUGGAUAUAGAACAAAUUCGUCAUGAAUCCCUGGAUGAUGACGGCGAUGAGUCAGCUGAGUCACUUGCAAAUCAGGAACUAGCCGAAGAUGUAAAUGAUGAAAUGCCUGUCAUGGAGGAUCCACCGAUUGAGGACACAGAAAUUCCCGAUAUAGAAAAUAUCUCAGGUGUGCCUUCUGUGGUUGCCACACCUGCCCCUGGUAGUCAUUUCGAAGAUGGUACCUCAGCGAUGAAUUCAGCCAUAGUUUUCAGAGAUCUGGAACUAUUUACCUGUCGCUACUAUUUUGGAAACACCACCGAGGAGAAAUUGAGCGACAAUAGGUACAUUAGGGUCCAUGCCAUUAGAGCCAAGAUUGGUAAAUUUUUCCAUACACUAUUCAAGUUUUUGAAAACAAACUUUACCGAUAAUCCGGGUGUAUUUCAGAUUUUGUUACAUGGGAUGAAGGUUUGGUUCACCGAUGUCGGCCAGGAAACAAUCUUUAAAGAUGAUCCAAGUUCGUUCCUGGACCUAGAGUUUUUGGAAAAUAUCCAGAGCUUGGCUCACUCUGUCUCUGACCCUGUCACCAGAACAUACCUUGCUGCCGAUGUUCACUCCCAUCACGAUGCGCGUGUCUUACUACGUUCAACCAACAGGGUACCUUCCAAGCUAGAGUCGACCUUGUUGCGAGACGUCAUAGAUUUGGCGAUUUCUGUCUAUCCAGAUAUUCAUAAGCCAGCGCAAGGAUGUAUGGUGCAUGCCAUGAAACAACUCCUGGGUUCAUACUCUCUGACAAUUACCAAAAUCAUCAAGGAACUGAGACAAGCGCUCGAAAAAGAAGAAUAUAGAAAUGUCGAGGUACUCCUCGAGGUUUUGUUUAUGAAAAAAAUCCACAGGAAGCUGAUGUCCGACUACAAAAACCUGGGAGACCUCAUAUCUUUACUCCUCCAGGCCUGUAAGGUGAACGACCUAGAUGUUGCAGUUUAUGCUGAUAAGCUGCUUAACAGUAUUGCAACAUCCUUCAAAAUUCCCUCAAGUGUAUGUGUCAUCAACCUGGAUGAAAUACAGGCGUUGAGCCCCAAUGAUAGUUUUAUCGACAUCCAGAUUGAUGUCGUAAGGAAGGCCAAGGCAAACAAACGUGACUACUACUAUUCCCUAUUAUCUGCUAUCCAAGAUAGCCUAUUGGCGUACCUGAAUGAAAAUGCCGAGUUAGGUUGGAAAAUACCAGUGUUUAUCGUUAAGUUCAUUUCUAGAAUCCAAGGUAGCCUCGAGUUUUCUGCCAAUUCGCGUGUUCUGGAGGAAGUGUUUGCGUUGACGAAAACGAAGCACCCGGUGAUAAUCCACUUGGCUAUUUCUAACAUCGUCGCUAUAAGCAGCAAGAUAUUGUCGAUCGGCGAUUACGAUUACGAUAUUUCCAAUGCUUUCCGGUCGGAUUUCCGUCGAAGAUAUAUUGAGUUGUUGGACACUACAGAACCGGGCUUUGCCAAAAAGUUCCGGGAUGAGAUGUCCAACUUUGAUUCGUCAACUUACUAUAUCGACGCGCUUGGGUAUAUCGGUUGGAUGGCGUGGGGCAUUCCAUUGCCCGUGGUGAAAAAUGUCGACCAAAUUGAUCUGCACUUGAGGCCCGAGGAUUUCGAGGUCUUGAAGAACUUUGGGAACCGGGUCAGUCUCCCUUGGCUACAGGAACUAGCAACCUUGUUAAUCCAAGACAACGAAUCGAGGGGCAUGUUCAGUAACAGCAACGUAUCCUUCUUCUCACUCCUCUGCCGCCUAAUUUCAAACGACAUAUGUGGUGUGACCUAUGACCAGCUGUUGCAGCUGUGUUUGUCUCUGUACGAUAAGAAUGAUAAAGCAUCGAUGAUUAUGUCCAUCGAGAUUUUUGCAGGGCUCAUGACUGCGGCCAAGUUCACCACUGUCGAGGACUUGCAGAAACGUGACAAGUUCCUGGACGAGUUCCUAAGCUACUGCUUAGACAGAGAACUCAAUCAGGACUCUGUAGACAUAUGGAAUAUGGUCUGUUGGUGGCUCCCAACCUAUGUCGACAUAAGGCGAUUGCGCCCGCUGUUCAUGAAGCUACUGCAGGGCGGGACGGAGCUAGAUAUAAACUCAGACUCCUCGGCAAACCAAGCUUCGAAGCUGACUUUGUUGAGAAGCAUGCUGAUCAUGCUCGAGUACAAGGCCCCAGACCUGGAAGACAUCUUCGUCAACCUCGUCUUCGACCACCCCUACGACCAGGUCCGGCAGGAGGUCGCCCGCCUCAUGAGCGCCCUCAUCCAGGCGCGCAUCAGCCCGUCCUUUGAGAGUGUGGACCAGCUCCUCGCGUCCAGCAGGGACAGACACCUGAAACGGCUGCCGGACUCGUACGAGACCCACAUCUGCCGCCUCUUCGACGCGAUCGAGCAGGAACGCAGGUCCCUGGACAACCUCACGCCGCAGCAGGUGCUCAGAACCAAGUACUACUACAUGGCCUCCACCAUGCUCUACUGGAUCGCACACAUCAUGAAGAGCCCCAACCAGCUCGUGCUGGUCCCCCUCGUCAGCAAGCACAUCGCGCCAUUCCUGCUCAACCUGCAGAAGAUGCGUGACACCUGCAAGCUCGCAGGCAUCUCGCCCGCCUCCUUCUACGUCUCGCUCUCCUACACCCCCCUGCGCCGCGACGAGGUCCCCGCCUUCGUCGGCCUGCUUGAGAAGACCGACCUCACCAGCUCCAACGAGCUGCGCACGCAGCUCUACUUUGCGGAGAACCUCUACUCGCACCACAUGCUCUGCAUGGGCCAGCGCGACCGCGACCGCAUCCUCGACUUCGUCAUCGCCUGUCUCUUCAACGAGAACUACGUCGAGGUCCGCACCCGCGCCGCAGACGUCCUCUCCGGCAUCGUCCACAACCUCACCGACCCCGCCUGCCUCCCCCGCCUCAUCGACAUGUUCCAGCGCCGCCUCGGCGCCUUCGAUCCCGCCGUCCACCGCAAGGGCACCGCCGCCUCCCACCCGCGCAUCCACGGCUCCAUCAUCGGUCUUGGCGCCGUCGUCUCCGCCUUCCCCUACGCCUUCCCGCUGCCCCACUGGAUCCCCGAACAGCUCAGCCUGCUCUCCGCCUGGACCCGCGCCGCGGGCGUCUCCGGCACUGCAGCCAAGGACGUCAUCAGCAACUUCAAGAAGGUCCGCGCAGACACAUGGCACCUGGACCGCUACACCUUCGCGCCCGAGCAGCUCGAGGACCUGGAGGGCGUGCUGUGGCGCAGCUACUACGCCUGA